AUGAGGCUUCUUGAUUGGUUCUUGGUUUAUUUGAAGGAACAAGAAAAGGUGAAGUUAAAGAGUUCUUUGCUAGAUUCUCAAGAUGGUAUUCCCAUGAAAUACCUACAGAUACCUGAGCUGUAUGAAGUAACUUCAUGUAUAGAACCUGAUGCCAAACAGUGCUACACCCUGACAGAACCUGAUGCCAAACAGUGCUACAUCCUGUCAGAACCUGAUGCCAAACAGUGCUACAUCCUGGCAGAACCUGAUGCCAAACAGUGCUACAUCCUGGCAGAACCUGAUGCCAAACAGUGCUACAACCUGGCAGAACCUGAUGCCAAACAGUGCUACAUCCUGACAGAACCUGAUUCCAAACAGUGCUACACCCUGACAGAACCUGAUGCCAAACAGUGCUACACCCUGACAGAACCUGAUGCCAAACAGUGCUACAUCCUGGCAGAACCUGAUGCCAAACAGUGCUACACCCUGACAGAACCUGAUGCCAAACAGUGCUACAUCCUGUCAGAACCUGAUGCCAAACAGUGCUACAUCCUGGCAGAACCUGAUGCCAAACAGUGCUACAUCCUGGCAGAACCUCAUGCCAAACAGUGCUACAACCUGGCAGAACCUGAUGCCAAACAGUGCUACAUCCUGACAGAACCUGAUUCCAAACAGUGCUACACCCUGACAGAACCUGAUGCCAAACAGUGCUACACCCUGACAGAACCUGAUGCCAAACAGUGCUACAUCCUGGCAGAACCUGAUGCCAAACAGUGCUACAACCUGGCAGAACAUGAUGCCAAACAGUGCUACAUCCUGUCAGAACCUGAUGCCAAACAGUGCUACAAUCUGGCAGAACCUCAUGCCAAACAGUGCUACAUCCUGGCAGAACCUCAUGCCAAACAGUGCUACAACCUGACAGAACAUGAUGCCAAACAGUGCUACAUCCUGGCAGAGCCUGAUGCCAAACAGUGCUACAUCCUGGCAGAACAUGAUGCCAAACAGUGCUACAUCCUGGCAGAACCUGAUGCCAAACAGUGCUACAUCCUGACAGAACCUGAUGUCAAACAGUGCUACAUCCUGACAGAACCUGAUGUCAAACAGUGCUACAUCCUGACAGAACAUGAUGUCAAAGGGUCAAGACAGAGUGAAGGGGGAAACACUAGAUGUGGUUGA